CAACCGACCGGCGAAUUGGAAGUCGAUCGACCGGCAACGAAACGAAGCCAAAACCCCUCAACUUCCUCGGUUUCUCCCCUCCAACUUGCUUGCUGCUUCAAGCUUCCAUUCCUUUUUCCGGCGAGAUUUCGAGAUCUCUCAGCGAGCAAGCUAUCAAAUACAUCAACAUAGAGAAAGGCAGAGAGGGAGAGCGGGUGGAGGUAGGGAGAUGAGUUCAUGGAUGAAGUCGGGGGAUGCAAGGGCUCUCAAAUGCCUCCUUGCUCUCUCGCUCAUAUAUGCGCUCAUGGCGUUCGCCGCGUACAUCGUUGUCCACAUGAGCUACGUCCGCCCGCUGCCGGAUGACGCGAAUCCCGCGCGGUUCUCUGAGGGCAGGGCGCUUCGGCAUCUCCGCCGCCUCACCGUCGACAUUGAUGGUCGCCAGGAGGGUCGGCCGGGGUUGGAGGAGGCGGCGCAGUAUAUUAAAGGGGAGCUAGAAGCGAUCAAGAACCGCGCUGGGCCGGAGUACAGGGUUGAGGUUGAUGAGGCUUUGGUUAGUGGUUCCUUCAACAUGACUUUUUUGCGUCAUAGCAUAUCUCUUGCAUACAGAGAUCAUAAGAACAUUCUUUUGAGGAUUGCUUCAAAUUCUUCAAAAGAUGAUGAUCCAUCCGUUCUAUUGAAUGGCCAUUUUGACAGUCCAGUUGGUUCUGCAGGUGCAGGAGAUUGUGGUUCUUGUGUUGCCUCUAUGCUUGAGUUAGCGAGGCUCGUGAUUGAUUCAAAUUGGAUUCCACCCAAACCGAUUAUCUUUCUUUUUAAUGGUGCAGAAGAACUAUUCCUUUUGGGGUCUCAUGGAUUUGUGAAUACACAUAGAUGGAGCGAUACAGUCGGAGCUUUUAUUAAUUUAGAAGCAUCUGGAACUGGUGGUCUUGAUUUAGUUUGCCAAUCUGGACCUGGCUCUUGGCCUGCCUCUAUCUAUGCUCAAGCUGCAAAGUAUCCCAUGGCAAACAGCGUGGCACAGGAUGCGUUUGGUGUUAUU